AUGCCACAUCGAUCAACUUCACGCAAUCGAUCUCAAUCAAGAUCAUCACGACAUGAUCAUCGACGACAUUAUCGAUCACCUGUUUCAUCUCGACAAUAUCGAAGUCCUAGUAAUGAACGUGAUGCUAAAGAUGAUAUUGAACGUCUUAAUCCAGCACCAAGUAAAGUUCUCGGUGUUUUCGGAUUAUCAUCACGUACAGAAGAACGUGUUGUUCGACGAAUUUUUUCAAAAUUUGGACGAAUUAAUAAUAUUCAUAUUGUUUAUGAUCGAGGAACAGGUCGAUCUCGUGGUUUUGGUUUUAUUUAUUAUGAUAGAUUAGAAGAUGCUAAAGAUGCAAAAAAAGAAACACAUGGAAUGGAGAUUGAUGGUCAAAAGAUUCGUGUUGAUUUUUCAUUGACUGCUAGACCUCAUGAUCGAACGCCUGGCAUUUAUAUGGGAGUAGCUGAAAAUCGAAAUUCUCGAAAAGAUUAUAGAUCAUCACGCCGAUAUCCUAGUCGAUCACGAUCACCACCACCACGUCGUCGAUCUCGCUCAUAA